GAACGGUUGUUGCACACUGACCGAUGCCAAUUGUGCAACGUGCCUCGCGCCAUUCGAGUGUCCUCGUUCUUUGCGUCUCGCCGGCUGUCCGGGGUCGCGUCAAAAUGUUAACGUAAAUCGAACCGAUCUAAUCGUCAACCCGUUCUUACACGGCAUAUCGAUGUGUCGCACUCGUCGCGUGCACGGUAUUCGAAGCACUGCGUAAAGUUCUCGUGGACAUAUCCACCGCGAAGCUGUUCACAGACGCAUUCUUCUUUUGAUUCGUAUAGCCUGACACCGAGUGUACACGCCACACGUUUUAAAAUCGUAAACAAUGGCCGCCAGCGAUUCCAAGGCUCCGCUGCGGACCGUCAAACGAGUGCAGUUCGGUAUAUUGUCUCCUGACGAAUGCCGCCGAAUGUCGGUCACGGAAGGAGGCAUUCGUUUUUCGGAGACGAUGGAAGGCGGACGACCCAAACUUGGUGGACUCAUGGAUCCUCGGCAAGGUGUUAUUGAUCGUUUCUCAAGAUGCCAAACCUGCGCCGGUAAUAUGACUGAAUGUUGUGGUCAUUUUGGCCAUAUUGAACUGGCUAAACCAGUGUUUCACAUAGGGUUCAUAACCAAGGCUAUUAAAGUUCUACGUUGUGUUUGUUUCUACUGUUCUAAAUUAUUAGUUAGCCCGUCUCACCCAAAAGUUAAAGAGAUUGUUAUGAAAUCCAAAGGACAACAAAGAAAACGUUUAGCCUUUAUUUAUGACUUAUGUAAGGGUAAAAAUAUUUGUGAAGGAGGAGAUGAACUAGAUAUUAAUAAAGAAAAUGCCAACGAUCCCAAUAUGCCUCCAAAAAAACUUGGUCACGGUGGUUGUGGUCGCUAUCAACCUACUAUACGGCGUAUAGGUUUGGACUUAACUGCUGAAUGGAAGCAUGUCAAUGAAGAUUCUCAAGAAAAAAAAAUACCCUUGUCAGCUGAACUAGUUCAUGAAAUUUUAAAACAUAUUUCUGAUGAAGAAGUAGUAAUUAUGGGUAUGGAUCCUAAAUUUGCUCGUCCUGAUUGGAUGAUACUAACAGUGUUGCCUGUUCCUCCUUUGCCUGUGCGUCCUGCAAUUGUAAUGCUUGGAUCUAUGAGGAAUCAAGAUGACUUAACCCAUAAAUUAUCUGACAUUGUAAAAGCUAACAAUGAAUUAAUUCGUAAUGAACAAUCUGGUGCUGCUACACAUAUUAUUGCUGAAAAUAUUAGAUUGCUACAAUUCCAUGUUGCAACUUUAGUUGAUAAUGAUAUGCCUGGACUACCAAGAGCUAUGCAAAAAUCGGGUAAGCCAUUGAAAGCAAUUAAAGCACGUUUAAAAGGUAAAGAAGGUAGAAUUCGUGGAAAUUUGAUGGGAAAACGUGUAGAUUUUUCUGCCCGUACUGUUAUUACACCUGACCCAAAUUUACGAAUCGAUGAAGUUGGUGUACCUCGUACUAUUGCUCAAAACAUGACCUUUCCAGAAAUUGUCACUCCUUUUAACAUUGAUCAUAUGUUAGAAUUGGUUCGCCGUGGUAAUUCACAAUAUCCUGGAGCCAAAUAUAUAAUACGUGAUAAUGGGGAAAGAAUAGACUUACGUUUUCAUCCUAAACCAUCAGAUUUACAUUUACAAUGUGGUUAUAAAGUUGAAAGGCACAUUAAGGAUGGUGAUUUGGUAGUUUUCAACAGGCAGCCUACUUUACACAAAAUGAGUAUGAUGGGUCAUAGAGUUCGAGUUUUACCAUGGUCUACAUUUAGGAUGAAUUUAAGUUGUACAUCUCCUUAUAAUGCUGAUUUUGAUGGUGAUGAAAUGAAUCUUCAUGUUCCCCAAUCCAUGGAAACAAGAGCUGAAGUAGAAAAUAUUCAUAUUACUCCUAGACAAAUUAUCACUCCACAAGCUAAUAAACCAGUUAUGGGUAUUGUCCAAGAUACUUUGACGGCCAUAAGGAAAAUGACAAAAAGAGAUGUUUUUCUUGAAAAGGAACAAAUGAUGAAUUUAUUAAUGCAUUUACCUAUUUGGGAUGGAAAAAUGCCUACUCCUUGCAUUUUAAAACCAAAAGUUUUGUGGACUGGAAAACAACUAUUUUCUCUAAUUAUUCCUGGAAAUGUCAACAUGAUACGUACUCAUUCUACUCAUCCUGAUGAAGAAGAUAAUGGUCCUUAUAAAUGGAUAUCACCUGGUGAUACAAAGGUAAUGGUCGAACAUGGUGAAUUAGUAAUGGGAAUAUUGUGUAAGAAAACCUUAGGUACUUCAGCUGGAUCAUUACUUCAUAUAUGUAUGUUAGAAUUGGGACAUGAAGUAUGCGGACGGUUUUAUGGUAAUAUUCAGACAGUAGUUAAUAACUGGCUUUUAUAUGAAGGUCAUUCUAUUGGUAUUGGUGACACAAUUGCUGAUCCACAAACUUAUUUGGAAAUUCAAAAAGCAAUUAAAAAAGCUAAAGAAGAUGUAAUAGAAGUUAUACAAAAAGCUCAUAAUAUGGAUCUUGAACCAACACCGGGUAACACACUUCGUCAAACCUUUGAAAAUCAAGUAAACAGAAUUUUAAAUGAUGCUCGUGAUAAAACUGGAGGAUCUGCUAAAAAAUCUUUGACUGAAUACAAUAACCUUAAAGCUAUGGUUGUAUCUGGUUCUAAAGGUUCCAAUAUUAAUAUUUCUCAGGUUAUUGCUUGUGUAGGUCAACAAAAUGUAGAAGGCAAACGUAUACCGUUUGGUUUUCGUAAACGCACAUUGCCUCAUUUUAUAAAAGAUGACUAUGGUCCUGAAUCAAGAGGUUUUGUAGAAAACUCUUAUCUAGCUGGAUUAACUCCUUCAGAGUUUUACUUCCAUGCUAUGGGAGGUCGUGAAGGUCUUAUUGACACUGCUGUCAAAACUGCUGAAACUGGUUAUAUUCAAAGACGUUUAAUUAAAGCUAUGGAAUCAGUUAUGGUACAUUAUGAUGGAACUGUUCGUAAUUCUGUUGGUCAAUUGAUUCAAUUACGUUAUGGAGAAGAUGGUUUAUGUGGUGAAGCAGUCGAAUUUCAGAAUAUUGCUACUAUAGAACCGUCGCACAAAAAAUUUGAAAAUGAAUUUAAAUUUGAUAUUUCAAAUGAAAGACAAAUCAGAAAAAUAUUUACUGAAGAUGUAUUAAAAGAAAUGAUGGGUAGUAAUGAUACUGUCGUUGAAUUAGAAAAAGAAUGGGAACAAUUAACAAAUGACCGCGAUACUCUUAGAGAAAUAUUUCCUUCAGGUGAAAGUAAGGUGGUAUUGCCUUGUAAUCUAAAACGUAUGAUUUGGAAUGUACAAAAAAUAUUUCACAUAAAUAAAAGAGGACCAACAGACUUGAAUCCAAUAAAAGUAAUACAUGGUGUUAAAGAUUUGUUGGAUAAAUGUGUAAUUGUAGCUGGUCAAGAUGAGUUAAGCAAAAAAGCUAACAAAAAUGCUACAUUAUUAUUUCAAUGUUUGGUACGUUCCACGUUAUGUACGAAGGCAGUAUCUGAAAAUUUCCGUUUAUCUUCUGAAGCAUUUGAAUGGUUAGUUGGUGAAAUUGAAAACAGAUUUAAACAAGCUCAGGCACAACCUGGUGAAAUGGUUGGAGCAAUAGCUGCUCAAAGUUUGGGAGAACCUGCUACUCAGAUGACAUUGAAUACUUUCCAUUUUGCUGGUGUUUCUUCAAAGAAUGUAACUCUUGGAGUACCUAGAUUGAAAGAAAUUAUUAAUAUAAGUAAAAAUCCUAAAGCACCAUCACUUACUGUGUUUUUAACUGGAGCUGCUGCUAGAGAUGCUGAAAAAGCUAAAAAUGUACUUUGUCGUCUUGAACAUACAACAUUACGUAAAGUGACUGCCAAUACUGCUAUUUAUUAUGAUCCGGAUCCUCAAAACACAGUUAUUAGAGAAGAUCAGGAGUUUGUAAAUGUUUACUAUGAAAUGCCUGAUUUUGAUCCAACAAGAAUUUCAGCUUGGUUAUUGCGUAUUGAAUUAGAUAGAAAAAGAAUGACUGAUAAAAAAUUGACUAUGGAAGCAAUAUCUGAAAAAAUCAAUGCUGGCUUUGGUGAUGAUCUUAAUUGUAUAUUCAAUGAUGAUAAUGCUGAUAAGUUAAUUUUACGUAUACGUAUUAUGAAUGGUGAAGAUGGGAAAAUGAAUGGUGGUGAUGAUGAAGAUACUGUUGAUAAAAUGGAAGAUGAUAUGUUCCUUAGAUGUAUUGAAGCAAAUAUGCUAUCUGAUAUGACAUUACAGGGUAUAGAGGCAAUUGGUAAAGUGUAUAUGCAUUUACCUCAAACUGAUUCUAAGAAAAGAAUAAUUAUUACUGAUACCGGAGAAUUUAAAGCAAUUGCUGAUUGGUUGUUAGAAACAGAUGGUACAAGUUUGAUGAAAGUAUUAAGUGAAAGAGAUGUUGACCCUGUGAGAACGUUCUCUAAUGAUAUUUGUGAAAUAUUUUCGGUCUUAGGUAUUGAAGCUGUACGUAAGUCAGUUGAAAAAGAAAUGAAUACUGUGUUACAAUUUUAUGGUCUGUACGUUAAUUAUCGUCAUUUGGCAUUGUUGUGUGAUGUUAUGACAGCUAAAGGUCAUUUGAUGGCUAUUACUAGACAUGGUAUAAAUAGACAAGAUACUGGAGCAUUAAUGAGAUGUUCAUUUGAGGAAACUGUUGAUGUCUUAUUAGACGCUGCUUCACAUGCUGAAGUUGACCCAAUGAGAGGAGUAUCUGAAAAUAUUAUUAUGGGACAAUUGCCUAGAAUGGGAACAGGUUGUUUUGAUUUACUUUUGGAUGCUGAAAAGGCCAAGGAUGGUAUUGAAUUACCAAUGGAUAAUGGAUACAUGGGUAUGGGCGCUGGUGGUAUGUUCAUGGCUGCUGGCACACCUUCUAUGUCACCUGCUAUGACCCCAUGGGAUCAAACAUCUACCCCAAUUUAUCAAAAUAGCUGGUCUUCAAGUUUGGAAGCUGGUAUGACUCCUGGAGGACCUGGUUUUUCACCAGCUGGAGCGAGUGAAGCUAGUGGAACAUCUCCAUUUUGGAUGUCAAGUGGUGGCACUCCUGGUAGUCCUGGAUCACCAGGAAUGGCUACUAGUCCUUAUGUGCCCAGUCCUAGCUCUAUGUCACCAAAUUAUAAUUAUCCAUCUAGUCCUCAAUUUGGAUCUUUAUCACCUUCUAUGACUCCAACUAAUUAUUCACCAACAAGUCCACAAUAUUCUGCCACUCAACAAAAUACUCCAAAAUUCUCCUCUAUGUCACCUAAUUAUAAUUAUUCACCAACUAGCCCAUCUUACUCGCCCACAAGUCCUUCAUACUCCCAUACUUCUUAUUCGCCAACUAGUCCAUCGUAUAGCCCAACAUCUCCGUCUUACAGCCCAACAUCACCUUCUUAUAGUCCAACAUCUCCAUCAUAUAGUCCAACAUCUCCAUCGUACAGUCCAACAUCUCCAUUGUACAGUCCUACUAGCCCUUCAUACAGCCCAACAUCUCCAUCAUAUAGUCCAACAUCCCCAUCGUAUAGUCCGACUUCGCCAUCGUACAGUCCUACAUCUCCAUCUUAUAGUCCAACUUCUCCAUCGUACAGUCCAACUUCUCCACAGUAUACAGCAUCUUCACCAUCAUAUACACCAAGUGCUGCAUCAGGUGUUACCAAUUAUAAAUAUUCUCCUACAUCUCCUUCAGUUGCUGUUAGUCCUACAUACUCUCCUACAAGUCCAAUGUAUUCACCUUCGAAUGCUUCAUAUUCUCCUUCUUCUUUACAACAUACACCAAAUGCUGGAGGUACACAAUAUAAUCAGUCGUACAGCCCUAGUUCGCCAGUUUACUCACCUACCAAUUUCUCACUUGCUAGUCCAAGAUAUUCCCCAACUUCGCCAACAUAUUCACCUGUAAUUGGAAGUCCAAAUUAUUCUCCAUCUUCCCCCAGUUAUUCGCCAACAUCUCCAAAUUAUAGUGGACCAGAUGAGCAUUGAUAAAACUAAUUUUAUAUUUUUAUGGAGCCGGGUAAAAUAAUUUAAUAAAUAAAGAUGCUAGUAAAUUUAUU